CUUAAAUUGUAAAAAAGAAUUGCCUAUGCAUCACUAUAUACUACUGAACUAAUGCGCCACCAGUUCAAGCAUUCCUUCCAAACUUGGGAUGUAACUAUACAUUCAAAAAUCAAAUGCUUUGUACUUUCCACAUCCUUGCCACAUCCCUUAGAUAUCCCUUCAUUGUUUCCAAUUACAUUGUGCUGUGUUAAAUUUUGAAGACAAGGUAUUCGGUCUACUGCAAGCUUCCAAGCAAAAUUUUUUAUCUGCUUUUCACUUGUCCUCCAUUUCUUGCAAUAACUCUUUUUCCCACUAAAAUAAGGCCCUUCUUCAUCUCCAAUUAUAGACCCAAAUCCCUUCCUGCCAUUCUCCUAGAUGCUAGAUCUGCCACCCUUACAUUCUUAUCUAUGCUAUGGUAUAUAACCAUUGAAAUUUCUCACGUAAUCUUCCAUCCUCCACUCAAGGGUCUUGCCAAAAUAUUGUGAGAGCAGCUGAAAUUGUGACUUAUGAAUACAAGGAUAAAGGAUACAUCUGUUGGUUUUUAGUACAUCUGUCUUUUUUAAUCUUGCACUAUCAUGAAUUUGAUCUCAAUUCAUUUGAAUUCGUAGUGAGCAAUGGAGCACAGCAUCAUAAGUCAAGUGUAGAUGCAACGUUUUUUGUUUUUGGUAUUAUCUGGAUGUUCAUGUGUAAUUAGCUUUGCUGUUUCCAUCAUUAUAAAGGAUAAAUAGUUGUAUCUUAUCAUGUCAACAUGUAUGAUAUCUUGUUUAUAGGCAGCAUUACAGAGGAAUUAAUUUUAGCCAUUAUUGGAGUCUGUUAAACUUGUUUACAAUGGUUUGCUUUAUGCAUGGAAAUUUAUUUGUAGUAAUCCAUUUCGUCCUUUGAGGAGCCUCCAUCCUGCGCCAAGAAUGAUAUAUAGUCUGGAUUGGCUGUCAAAGCCAAGUUGCAUCAUUAUGUCCUUUGAGGAUGGAACAAUGAGAACCAUUAGCUUGGUGAAGGCUGCAAAUGAUCUCCCCGUCACUGGAGAAAUAUACAGUGGAAAAAAGCAAUUUGGGUUGCAUGGUUCUUCAUAUUCAUCUUUUGCCAUUUGGAGUGUUCAAGUGUCACGUAUAACAGGCAUGGUUGCUUAUUGUGGUACAGAUGGUGCUGUCUUUCGUUUUCAGCUUACUACUAAAGAAGUGGAGACAGAUCAUGUGCGCAGUCGAUCCCCACGCUUCCUUUGUGGGUUGGUAACUGAGGAAGAUUCAACUAUCGUUAUCAACACUCCUGUGUCAAACACUCCUUUCCUAUGGAAAAAGCCACAAGACAAAGGUCGAUAUGCAGAAUCUUUCCGAGACCUAUUAUCCAAGACAAAUGCAAGCAAAAGUGCAAAUAAUCAAAUGGCAGAAACUCCAAAUUCUGACUCUCAGAUUUUAGCAAUUGGUGCUGGUGAGAAUGUGGGUUUGGAAGUUGUUUCUGGGGAAGCUUUAUCUUCUGUGAAGCAGCCCAAAAGGCCAAAACUGAAUAGUGGCAGCAAGAAAAAAACUGUAGAAAAACCAGAUCUGGUAUGCAAAGAUGAUGAUGAUGUGUCAACAAUGACUCCCGGGACUGAUGAUGAAAAGUCAGAUUUUGGGAAUAUACCUGAAGUCUUCCCUCCCAAAAUGGCAGCAUUGCACAGAGUGAGAUGGAACAUGAACAAAGGUAGUGAAAAAUGGCUGUGCUUUGGAGGAGCUAGUGGACUUGUACGAUGCCAGGAGAUUGUUUACUCUCAUAUUGAUAAGAAAUUGGCCUUGAAGAGAUGACAGUUUCUUAUCCAUUAAAUCACUAGGGAAAAAAUAGUCAAUAUGUAACAUCUUUUAUUCAUUCAAAAGGACUUGGCUUUUUUUAGCAAGUCCACGUCCACCUGUGUAAAUUUAAUUUGUAAAGCACCUAAUGUAAAUUCCACUAUUUAAUUUUUAUUAGGCUUCAUAGGUUAA